GCCGCGCGGGACGGACGCAUGGUGCGCGAGUGGUGUGUGUGUGACAUGAUGCUGGGCGGCAUGGACGGCAAGGAGUACGGCGCGCUGCACGCCGCAGCCGCAGCCGCUGGAUACGCUAUGGAAACUGAUCCAAAUGCAAACGCAAUGGGAAGCCCGAUGUCGGGCGGGGGGGGCCAGCAGUACGGCGAGGUGAAUCAGCUAGGGGGAGUGUUCGUGAACGGCCGGCCGCUGCCCAACGCCGUGCGCCUGCGCAUCGUUGAGCUGGCUCAGCUGGGGAUCAGGCCCUGCGACAUCAGCCGGCAGCUGCGGGUGUCCCAUGGCUGCGUCUCCAAGAUCCUGGCGCGCUACCACGAGACAGGAUCCAUUCUUCCCGGCGCCAUUGGUGGCUCCAAACCUAGAGUCACUACACCUAAGGUGGUGUCCUACAUAAAGCAGCUAAAGGCGAAAGACCCGGGCAUAUUCGCGUGGGAGAUCCGCGACCGGCUGCUGGCGGACGGCAUCUGCGACAAGUACAACGUGCCGUCCGUGUCCAGCAUCAGUCGAAUCCUGCGCAACAAGCUGGGCGGCGCGCUGUACCCCGUGCCGCCGCUGUACCCCGUGCCGCCGCAGCGCUGCUGGCCGCUGCACCAGCCAUACGAUUACUAUGUGUAUUUACAGGGGCGGCAGCACGCGAGCGCGCCGCACCUGCCGCACCCGCACCAGGGCGCGCCGCCGCACCACGCGCACGCGCACGCGCUCUGACCCUCGCUGCAGCCGCCGCGCCCGCCCGCCACACAGCCUGUACCGGCACUGCCAGCAGACAGUACGCUACAAACCCCAACGCUCACAGCUCUAACAUCGAUUUCAACAUCGACGUCAAAUAUGACAGCUGCAACGUCGAAUCUGACAGCUGCAACGUCAAAUGUGACGGCCAUUACGUCAAACAUGAGGGUGACGCCGAGUAUGCCAGCAAUGAACGUGCCGGCGUCAUUUUCGACAUUGAGUGUUCCUCACGCUAUGUACAGUGGGUUUAAUUAUAAUAGAGAGGCAAUGAGCUGACAUCAGCUGCUUGUUGUAACAGAAAUAUUACUUUUAUUUAUUUUCGAUUUGUUUGAAUAUGUAUCGAUGUUAGUUCAAAUAUUUAAAAGGAUAAAUUAACGACAUUCACUCUUAAAAAAAUUCAGCUUAUUUAUUUUAAAAAUGUUUUAGUACAUGUUUGUCUGGCUCGUCGCUUCGAUCGACUAACAAACGUUUUGAAUGUUCUUAUCUUUGCCAUGUCUGCCAAAUAACUCUAUAACACCUAUGUCUAAUUUUGGCUUUGAUAAAGUCCUUAUCGAAUCCAAAAUUAGAGUUACGUGAUUAUAAACUUUUGUAAAAUCACCAUAUCAUAGAUUAUUGGGGAAAUAAAUAAUAAUCAAGUGAAUGUACGGGCGGGUUAUCGUGGGACGGUGAUACUAAUUAAUCGAUUGUACAUUUUGAUAAAAGUAUUAAGGGCUUGUACAUAUCUUCUGGUGUGUAAGAUUAUUGUUAUAACGCGUGUAUUGUUACGGAAGCAUCAGGUGAUAGCUCUCAUUUGAGUCUUUAUAUUUUUGUUGUCCAGUCGAGAUCUCUUAACUAGAUUAUAAUAUACAGACUGAGGUUUCUUUUAAUUUGAAUUAUCAAACUAUUUAGCACAGUUUACGCUUUAUUUUAGAUAAAAAAUAUAUGUAUCUGCUGUAUGUACUGUGGUUCAGGAAUUUCAAAAAUUUUUUUUUUUUGCGAUCAUAAAAUUUUUGUUAAAUAAAACUUUUUUUAGACGAACUGAUGAUGUAUACUGUGUGAUAUACGAUUACAUUCUAAAACUGUAGUGAUAACAAUGGUUUAUCUUUAAUUAUAUCUUGAAAUUAUUUCUAUAUACUAGACUAGAAUAUUCUGAGCUAUUGCCUGUCAUUUUCGCGGCAACCUGGGUGCAAUUUUGUAUAUAAUAGUCUAAGUUGUUAAUAAAAGCGAUUAUGGGUACUUAAACUUAGAUUCUUGGCAUAUAUCUUAAUUAUGUAGUGUAAGAUAAUAAUAUUAUAACUUAUUCCCUUAAAUAAAAGAUUAGUUUUGGAAUGGUAGCAUUGCCUAAAAAUUUAUGGAUUUGACUAAAGAAGGAUAAAAAUCUUUGUAUUUGUACUUAUUUAUGUGAAAGUCUUAUCAUUUAAAG